AUGAAUGUCGAAGUGUGUAAAAGGUUCAAGAAUGUAUGGGAGGAUUUUCCCGAUAAAUUAGACGGUGAUGAAAAAUACCAAUUUAAUGAUGAUAAUUUUUUCAAAGAGUAUUGUAAUAAUAAGUGUUCUAGUUAUAUCGAUAAAAUAAAUGUUGGAUUUUUAUAUUUGUUUGAUGGAUUCUUUAAGAAUUCUUCUGUGUUUGAGUCUGUUGCAAAAAGUAACAUCAAUAUUGUUGAAUACAUUAUGAUAUGGUUAAGUUAUAUGUUUAACCUAAAGAAAAAUAACAGCAUUAGCAAUCUAAAUUAUUUUUAUUGUGAUUAUAUAGAUAAUUCUAAGUAUAAAAAUUCUAUAGAAGUUGGUGCUUAUAAUAGUUAUGAUGAUCUUAUAAAUAAAAAAAAUUAUUUGAUGAAAAUGAAUAUUAAAGAUAUAUCUAAAUUUUAUGAUCCAUUUAAGUUAUUAUGUGAAAUGUAUAAUGAAUUUGAUGAAAAUAAGAAAGAUUGCACAACAUGUUCGGAAAAAGCUAGUCAAUUUGUUGAAAAAUAUGAAAAACUUUACAAUGAUUAUAAUAGCAAUGAAGAAAGUUCAUAUAAAGAAAUAUUGUGUACUUUAUCAACCGAUUAUGAUAAUUUUAAAAAGUAUUGUGAUGAUGCUCAGUGUUGCAAAUCUUCACCCCUUCCAACGAUAGACAAAACAAAAAUUCCUGCAAAAUGUUCUGAACAAAUUUCUGAACAAAGAUCUGAAGUUACAUCAUCAAGUUCGUCGAUAGCAAGCAAAUUAAUUCUUGUUUUAUCGAUAUUUGGUGCAAUAGCAAUUUUUUUUGGAAUUUCUUAUAAGUAUUCGUUAUUUGGAUUUCGGAAACGAUCUCAAAAACAACAUUUAAGAGAAAAGCUAAAAAAAUAA